GUCAAGAAUCGCUUCAUGCUCUGCAGUUUGUUCUUGAGUUGUUGGAGUGAAGAAGGAUGGGUGGUGAGUUAAGGUACGAGAUCGGACAGAACGCUUACAUCAAGCUCGUCCUCCACGCCCUAAAGCACAAGACCUCCGCCACUAAUGGCGUUCUCCUCGGCCGUCUCGUUGACGAGGACCUCGUUCAAAUCUCGGACUCAGUUCCUCUUUCCCACUCUCAGAUCGGUCUCCUCCCAGCUCUCGAAAUUGCUCUACUUCAGAUUGAGGAGCAUUUUGGUGCGCAAGGGUUGAGUAUUGUAGGCUACUAUCAUGCGAACGAGAGGUAUGAUGAUUUCGACCUGGGGAGUGCAGCCAGGAAUAUUGGAGAUCACAUACAUCGAUACUUUCCCCAGGCUGCGGUGCUUUUGUUGGAUAACAGAAAACUUGAAACGCUGUCGGAGGGGAAAGACCGAAGCCCCGUUGUGCAGCUUUAUACAAGGGAUGCAACCAGGAGUUGGAAGCAAACUGGAUCAGAUGGAAAUAGCCGAUUAACCAUCAAGGAACCCUCAGCAAACAUAGUUUUGUUGGAUUAUAUCUUGUCUGAGAAGUGGAAGGGCAUUGUAGAUUUUGAUGAUCACCUUGAUGACAUUGGCAAGGAUUGGUUGAAUCCGGAUCUUUUCAAGUAGAUUUUCAGAUAGUUCUGAGCUAUUUUUGGUGCCUGUUACUGUUUCUUAUAAUCAGCCCUUGGAAUUAUUGUUUGUUACCUGGACUUGCUUGUGCUGGGUUGGGAAGACAUGGUGAUUGCUCACAAAGCAAGAAUGGAGUUUUUACAGGCCGAGAAAAAAACUUUUAGCCUGGGUGACUAGGAAUGGUCUUGAUCAGAACUGGCUGUAUAUUUCCAGUCCUUUAGACAGUAUGCCCGGGCAGUUAGUUUUCUCUGUACCAAACACAGAGUAGCCACAAUGGUGGCCCAUUAUUUUGAAAAGCCUAGUGUUAUUUGAGUCAUAGAUGCGAAAAUAAAUGCAAUUGUAGAAUGUUGUUACGGGACCACCUAUGCUGCUGUUUGUUGUGGGCUUUAAUCGGCUCUGGACCCGGAUUUACAAUUUCAACACUUGGUCUAUUUUGUCAAGCGUAUCUCUCGUGUCGUGUGUAAGACUUGGGAGUGGAGGUUUCCCCAGUUCAAAUCAUCCCCCAUUUAAACUGUUGGAUGCCGGAUAUUGCCCAACUGGUGUAGUUUGGUCUUAUACUUUUAUUGGUAAAGCGUUUGCAAGGAAAUCUGGAAAGUUGAAGCCGUAUUGAAUAUUA